AAAGUAUUUUUAGUUGCUUUGGACCUUGCUUGUAGAGCAGACGCUUGCAUUUACUCACAAAAUAAAUUUCUAUUUCAAUUGAAGUUAUUUACUUCCAGAAUAUCUUUUACUCACGGAAAGAAAUGAUGUUUGGUUUCCCAGCUGCUCUUUUGAAGCAUGGAUAUAUACAUGGUGUGAAACAUUUCAAAAGAUUUGCAAGCACAAAUCUGCUUCGAACAUGCUUGUAUGACUUCCAUGUUGAGAAUGGAGGUAAAAUGGUACCGUUUGCAGGCUGGGAAAUGCCAGUACAGUACAAAGACUCGAUAUCAGAUUCUCACAACAAUGUUCGCACACAGGCAGGAAUAUUUGACGUCUCGCACAUGCUGCAAACUAAAGUUAGCGGGAAGGAUCGCAUCCAGUAUAUGGAGAGCCUUGUAGUAGGGGACAUUGCGGGUCUCAAACCUAACCAAGGAACACUGUCCUUGUACACCAACAACACCGGAGGUAUUAUAGAUGAUCUGAUUAUAAGUAACACAGAUCAGGGUUACCUAUAUGUUGUCUCAAAUGCUGGAUGUGCGGAUAAAGAUUUGCCGCUGAUGAUGAAUCAAGCCGAGAAUAUGAGAUGUAAAGGUCUAGAUGUGAAAGUGGAUGUGAUAUGUAAAGGAUUGUUAGCUCUACAAGGUCCAGGUAUGGUAAAAGUGUUACAACCAGGUUUAAAAUUUGAUCUUAGUGAGUUACCAUUCAUGACGACCAGGUCGGCCACGGUAUUUGGUAUAGAUGAUUGUAGAGUAACAAGAUGUGGUUACACAGGGGAAGAUGGGGUAGAGAUAUCAGUGGCUACAGAGAGAGCCGCAGAACUGGCUCAACAUAUGUUAAACAGCAAGGAUGUGGACUGUAGGCUCACAGGGCUUGGUGCUCGAGACAGUCUCAGGUUGGAAGCAGGUCUUUGUCUCUAUGGUAAUGAUAUUGAUGAGAACACAACACCUAUUGAAGCUACCCUGGCUUGGACAAUAGGAAAGAGAAGGAAAGAGGAGGGAGGUUUUCCUGGUGCUGAUAUAAUUCUUAAACAGAUCAAAGACAAACCAAAACAACGAAGAGUUGGCUUUACCUCCUCAGGGCCUCCUGCUAGAGGAGGCACAGAAAUCUAUGAUGAAUCAGGAGAAAAGGUCAUCGGCAAGGUCACCAGUGGAUGUCCUUCACCUACUUUAAAAAAGAACGUUGCUAUGGGUUACGUGGAACCUGCCUUCUUCAAACCAGGAACUAAAGUGAAAUUCCUAGUUCGCAAAAAGAUGGUGGAUGCAACAGUUACUAAAAUGCCUUUUGUACCAACAAAUUAUUUUUUUGGAAAAUAAUCUCUUUAGAAUAUUUUUAAUUAAUAAUUGUAAAUAGUAAAAUAUUGAUAUUAUGCGUAAACUGUUAUGAACUGUGUGAUUUCCAUAAACAUUUGGUUUGGGGAGGGGGGUUAAAGGAGUAUAUAAAUAACGAGUCUUUUCAAGGAACAAUAAUGGGGGUAAGACAUUACAGUUAAAGCAUGUUAUUUGAUGCCUAUUCUUGGUGGAUGGGGUAAAAGUGAUUUUAUGCCAGAUUAUAGGUUGAAUGGGUGGAAUGAAACAUUUGUUAAUUUAUUCAAGAGGGAUAGGGUAUUUGCAAAUUAUUUGGUUGGUGCAGUUCAGUAUAAAGUAAGUAUUUACCAGUAUUAUAUUUACCUAUUUUGUCAG